AUGAAGUAUUUUCUGGAUAAUGCGAUUCUGCUCUCCUGCACACUAGUCGCCGCUGUCCGCGCCGCGACACUCCGCAUCAGACCGGUCGCUUUAGGACAAGCGGCCCUCCUGAACUGCUCCUCCGAACACUUCGAAGAGAUUUCGAGAAUUCGAUGGUACCGCGACGGUGAGGAAUUCUUUCGGUACGAUCGCCGGUCUCGCGAAAAGUUGCUCUUCGAACUACCCGGGCUCGUCGUAGACGUUCCAAACUCGCAUGACGGAUUCCUCCGACUGAAGCGGACGGAACCGAGAAGCGAAGGAGUGUUCAGUUGCGAACUCACGGAUUCGAAAUUCAACGUGGAGCGUGCUGACGCGAACCUGCAGCUGUACGUGUUGCCCCGUGACGAGCCCUACGUCAGAGGGGUGAGAGCGCAUUAUCAUCCGUGGGAGCGUUUGAACGCAACCUGCGAACUCACUGCUCGACCCCAGCCCCAGCUGAGCUGGAUCGUCGACGGACACUUGCCGCCGGCGAAUUCGGUCGUUCGGGAGCACUCGGAGGAGCACAACGGACUCGUCAGCGUGGUCUCAGAGCUGCAAUUUAACAUUUCAUCUUUGAGCAAAGAUGAACUGAAGGUCGAAUGUCGAGCGAAGAUCCUCGACGCCUUCGACAGAAGAACUCAGAGGAUCUCGGCGAUCUCUCCCGGCGCCGCGGAGGAGGACUCUUCAGCAAAUGGCGAAGACGACGACCCCGGCCCGGUAAUAUACGGCGGACGUUCGCAUUACCACAUCGGAGACAUCCUCAACUCGACCUGUGUUUACUCGGGGAAUAAGCCAGCUUUGCUCCGCUGGUUCCUGAACGACGUCGAGGUUCCCAGCGGUCAGUUGGUUCACUACGUCGAGGGCGGUAGCGAGGCGAAGUCCGCUCUGGGAAUACGUUUUAAAGUGAAACCUUCACACUUCGUCGAUGGACGUCUCACGAUAAGAUGCGACGCGAACCUCGAGAGCGUGUUCGCGACCCAUAAAGCGGUACGGAAAACGAAACUCCGAAAGAAACCCUACAAAUCGGCACAUAAACGGCCACAUCUCUGAAGUGUUAUCCGUUUCGAGGGAGGCGAGUCGAAUAAAAUAAGAUUUGAA